UCGUUUUAUUUGGCCAUACUAGUAAAUUGUCCUUCGUCCUUUGCGAAAUUUAGAAGUUGUUCCGAAUAUUUUCAAUGGAGGUAUUUUACAAAACACCUGAUGACAUUACUCGGGUUUGGAGCAUCUCUGAGGCAUUGUCACAUGAUAACAUCAGCAUGGAUGACUUGGCAGCUAACCCUUUCACACAGCUUUUCCCUGACAUGAAUGAGGCAAGACAGUUCAUGAUGAUCUCUGCCUCACAGAAACAGGAAGCUUUGGAGAGGGUGGAAGCAGAGAAAGUUCGCAAAUGUAUACAACUCAGCAGUCUUCUGGAGAAAGUGUUUCUAUUCACACUUGAUCAAGAAAUUACUGACGAUAGUGACAGACCAACAAAGUUGGUAAUUAUCAGAGAGUUGGGUCAAUCACUUCAAAAGGGAAACCAGACAUGGCUGGAUAUGAAGUACAUUGAACAGGCUGUGUUUGAGCGUCUCCUGCUGACUAACCCUUUGGAUGAUGUAAUAUCUACAAAACAUAAGAGUUCCUCAGAUGAUGCAAAGGCCAGGCGACUUGCAGGAGAGGGGGAGGUUCUCCGGUACCUCAUGCAGUGCUUUGAACGGUCUCUCAUUGCAAAAAAGGACAAACAGAACGACGAGUUCGCCUCUGAGUUGGCUACAUGCCAAGAGGUCAUGGUGCUGAAUGCCAGGACAAGUCUUCAGCAGCCGGACCUUUACCAGGGACAAGAUCCAAGGACACAGUUCAUACAGUUGUACCAAGAGGAGAUGGGGGGUGCUCUGGAGGAUGAAAGUGGCAAUAUUGAACUCUUCGAUUUGAUUGUCAGAGAGAUUGUGGCCAACGAGGAUGAGGAUGUUUUAGAGGCUGUUUUUCGGCCUGUUUUAGACUAUGUCUACAAAAAGUUUUCUGAGGACUUCACACUGUCAAGUGGGGGCAUCACUCGCUGUAUAGAUCUGCUAGGAUUCUUCACUCGACAUGAGGCUCUUGCCAAGAUAUUUAUGAAGUACAUUCAGCCAAAAGACUGGAACAGUGGUAAAGCGUAUGAGAGGACCCUUCUAGGUUCUAUGUUAUCCCUGAACUGUAUACCGCUGACAGAGUCGGGAGCCAAUCCCUGGUUUGACCAGCCAUCCUCCAAACAGAAGAGAGAACUAGAUAUAAUGGAGAGUAACAUCCAUCAGCUGUUGGAGAACUUGGGAACAAAAAUACACAAAUUUAUGGACACCCUGAUCAGGAUCUCGCCACAUCUCCGGCACCUGGUUCUCUCCUGGAUAGGGAAAUGUAUCCAUGCCAAUCUAGGGAGGUCCAAAAUUUGGUCAUCACAGAUGCCCCAGCUGUUUAAUCAGAUGUUCGCGUCUGAUGGAUUCUGCUUAAACCUGUGUUUUGUCAUGCUACAGUUCUGUUUCCCCAUCACAACCAAGGAGGCAAAGCUAGUGAUGAUCCAACCCAGUUACACCACCGUCGUCACCGCUGACGACCAGCAUGCUCAACAAGUAGGCGUUCACUCCAAAGGUUUAAACAAAGAGACCUGUCUUAUUCCUCUGGACGAGAACAAGCCCAAACUUCAGCUGGAAGACCAGUACAACUUUGUCACAGAGUGUUUCUUCCUUACACACCAGUGUCUCAAUGUAGGAUUCCGUACAGUACACGGACGCUUCCUCAAAUUAAAUCAGAGUUUACACAGAAUACAGCGACUCUACCAGGAAGUGAGGGAUCAGGGAGAUAGUGCCGUCAGGGAAGUCAAAAGCGAGAUGGAUAAAGCCAUGUCUAUAUACUUAUGUAUAAAGGCUGCCCUGUGUGAGCCACAUAUGCUGGAGAAAGCACUCGACUUUCAUCUGGCAACCUCUAUCUGGCUAUCCAAGAUCACAAUAUCAGAUGAUGUCAAGACCGUCAAAGAAAUAGCAUUUCCUCUGCCAGCGGAGGUCCCUCUUGCCAUACCUCACAUUCCCGAGUUUGUGAUGGGUAAUGUUACCGACUUCACCAUGUUCAUGCACAGGUUCAAGGACAACCUAUUCCUGGUCGCUAAGGAAAAACUAGACCACUUCAUGACCCUGAUCCUGGUCUACAUGGGCAGCCCUGAGCGAAUGAAGAACCCACAUUUAAGAGCUGAACUUGCUGAAACCUUGUCAGCCCUCAUACCCCCAAAGAUGGAUAGCAAUUCUGGGCAGUAUGACUUCAUCAGACACCGUUUGUUUUAUUACCACCCCCAUGUGAAACACGUUGCUGAGAAACUUCUGCAUGUGUUUGUGAGUAUAGAGAUGACAGGACAGAGUGUGGAGUUUGAGCAAAAGUUUAACUACCGCCGGCCUAUGUAUGCUACCCUGGAGCACAUCUGGGAGAUAAAAACGCACAUGGACGCCAUCAAGGUAAUGUCAGAGCACGCUGAAGAACAUAUCGAGGCCACGGAUCCGCCACUCUUCUUACGAUUUAUCAACCUUCUCAUCAACGAUGCUAUCUUUCUAUUAGAUGAGGCAUUAUCUUUCAUGAGUCAGAUCAAAGAGAAGCAGCAGCAGCAGGAGAGGGGAGAAUGGCAAGAGUUACCUCCCCAGCGUCGCCAGGAGGAGGAGGGCACACUGCGCCAGCUCACGAUGAUGGCCCGCUACCACAACCAGAUGGGGAAUCACACCAUCCAUACUCUAGAGAUGAUCACUAAGGAGAUCAAAUCCAUCUUCUGCCACGCCUCGAUCGUGAAUAGGAUCGCUGGCAUGCUCAACUAUUUCCUUCAACACCUUGUCGGUCCCAAGCAGAGAAAUUUCAAAGUGAAAGACAAAAAUGAGGUAGAUUUCAAGCCGGAUCAGACAGUGCUGGAUAUUGUUAGGAUAUACUUGAAUCUAGGAGAGGCUGACUGUUUCUGCCUGGCGGUGUCUGGUGAUGGGCGUUCAUACUCAGCAGAGCUCUUCCCUAAGGCUAUCGGUGUCCUUCAGCGUAUAUCAGCCUCCCCUGCAAUCAUCAGUGACUUUGAAAUCUUUCAAGACAAAUUAACGAAAAUGCGGAAACAACAAAAGGAGGAGGAGGAGUUAUUUGACGACGCCCCGGAUGAGUUCCUCGACCCUAUCAUGGGCACACUUAUGACAGAGCCUGUUCUACUGCCCUCAUCUAACAACAUCAUGGACAAGAAUGUCCUAGCCAGACACUUACUCAGUGACCAGAGCGAUCCCUUCAACAGAUCCCCUCUCAGUCUGGACAUGGUCAUCCCAGAUACAGAGCUCAAGGAUCAGAUACAGCAAUGGAUGGCUGAGAAACGACAUGGGCAAAAUAAUAAGUGACAUGUGUCAUGUCAACAAGCAGAUCUAGCUGUGAUAUCCUUCCUGAGGAAAUACCAGGAGAUUGGUACACAAAUGUGGUAUCAACAAUACGAUACAUGGAGUUAGUGCUAUUUUGUCAGACGACAUAUCAAUGACUGAUGCCAGAAACUCAAGCAUUUCAUCAAACGUCAUUGUACUGUUACCAUGCAACACUUCAGACGUAUGUCAUGUUGGCUCAGUUCAAGGUUCACCAUCUUGAUUCUACUGUCAUUUAAAGGAUUCCUACAUAGAUACAGUCUAGUCGUACGUGGUUUGAAGGAGUGGAACAUCUACAGCGUAUGGUAUCGGGAAGACAAUCCUAUUUCAUUACAUGGUUUUAUAUUUACGGUCUCUGCCCCUGUAUACAGAGAUAUUUUCACGAUGAGGUACAUGACAACAAGAUUUCUAGUCAGUAGCACUAUACACUAGUAUACAUCUUACAACUUCAUACUGGUAAUUCAACACCGUGCUGAUAUGUACUUCUGGUUUUAAAUGUGAAAAUAUAAAAGCAAUAAACAUUCACUAAUAUAUAACAUUUCAUAAACAUUGUGUGUUUCCAAGAAAAAAUUGUAAAUAUUUGGUCUAGCAUCAUCUAACAUAAAUUCGUGAUGUGACACAUUGCUUAUUUAAAUCAUGGUUGUAGCUAAGGAAACCCUUGCUUACAUAAGAAUAUUAAUAGCAUAUAUUGGUUAGGUAUGGGGAAAGAUAAUGGUAAGCUACGGGCAAAGAUAUUGGUUAGGUACGGGGAAAGAUAAUGGUAAGGUACGGGCAAAGAUAUUGGUUAGGUACGGGGAAAGAUAAUGGUAAAGUACUGGCAAAGAUAUUGGUUAGGUACGGGGAAAGAUAAUGUUAAAGUACGGGCAAAGAUAUUGGUUAGGUACGGGGAAAGAUAAUGGUUAGGUAUGGGGAAAAAUAAUGGUAAAGUACGGGCAAAGAUAAUGGUAAGGUACCGGGAAAGAUAAUGGUAAAGUACAGGCAAAGAUAUUGGUUAGGUACGGGGAAAGAUAAUGGUUAGGUAUGGGGAAAGAUAAUGGUAAAGUACCGGCAAAGAUAAUGGUAAAGUACCGGCAAAGAUAAUGGUAAAGUAUUUUCUAUGAUUUGUAGUAUUUCCAAAUGUUGACUUCAGAUGUAACUACAACAGAACCGGAGAGAAGUUGACAAUACUGACAAAUUAAGACAUUAGAGCGUAUGUGUGUCAGUAUGUAAGACUUGAUUUUGCUGUGUUAUAUUUUACCUGUUUUGUUAUAUUUUGUUUUGUUGAAGCAUUUAAAGUUGUUAGUCAUUAAUAUCGGAUGUAGUAUUUAUAGGGAUGCCUCCCGUAGGAGUCAAUCAGUAUACCCUCAUAUAUUCUAGUGACAUUGAACCUGAUUUUAAAAGCAUUUGUGGGAUAAAAGUAUACUGAUGAAGAAACAUUCCUGUCUUUUCAAUCAAAUGUCAUGUUUUAGUGUUAUAUUUGUGUGUUUUCAGUACUGAUACAGUAUACUGUUGGGAGGUGACGAUUCAGGGACAAUUUCCCCCCCCCCCCCCCCCCCCCAAAUAUCCAUCAAACUUUCCACUUCCACUACAUUUAUUCCUAAUAAUCGACCUUGACUCAAACUCCUAUUUGCUUACUCCCGAUCAUUCAUGUUUCACUUUUACAAUCAGAAGAAUAUCCCAGAUCCUGCUUUUAACACCAAUUCAAAUAUUUUCUCAGAACAUCUUAACUUAUGGCAGUUUACACUAUUAUAUUGUCAAGUAGCGCUCAUUGCAGAAAAAUUGAAAUAUAAAAGUUUGCAAACAUUGUCCCCUAAACAACGUGGCGCUAUCCCAGUGGACACUACCAGAGGUUGAUAGGCCCAGAAAUUUCGAAAUCUAUCCCGCUAUAUUUUUUUUUUUUUUUUUUUUUUUUAUUGCAAAUGAAGUAUACAAUCGGUUUUUAAAAGCCUAUAUUAUUUCGGGGGGGGGAGGGGGAACCAAGAAAGUUUUGAGAUUGAAUAUGAAAACAGGUUUCUAUUUACGACUUAUAACAAAAACUAUCGCACCCUAUACCUCUUGGUUAUUCAAAGGUCGUUGACGUUUUAACUAAUUAUUCUCGUGUGACCUUGACAGUUGGUCACGGUAAUUCAUUUGAACAAUCUUGAUCAGCCCUACAUCGCGCAUUCUACUGGUCAUUCAGAAGAAGUUGUUUGAAAGUGUAUGCCGCACAGGUGGACAAUGGCCGCCGCACCAUCCCAUGUGCUCAUGUGGUCAUUCGGGCCAGGUGAGCAACGUUAUUUGUUCUUAGGUCGUGAACGUUUUUUCACAAGUCAUGGGAUUUCCCCCGAUGUGAUUUAUAUUACACUGUACAUCUGUGUAAUCCUAGUUGAUUGAGCGAGUUAAUACAAUUAGUUUGACUUUUGAAUAUCGGUUGAAUAUUUCCUUUACAAUCUUAAAAAAUACGAAACGAAUUUAGCUGGAUAUAUUGUAAGUAUCGUGUGUUAUUGUAUCUCAUUGCAAUCGAUGUGUAAUGUAACACAUUAUUUUGCUUUCUAAAGAAAGUCGCAACACUACUACAUGAUGUGUCAUGUGUAAACAACAUUUUAUUUAUGAAUAAAACACUGCUUGACGUGC